AUUAGUGACGGGGAACGUAAAACAGCUUUGUUGAUACUUGCGGUUCCCGCGUUUCGCGACAGUAAAGACACGCGGGGCUCUUUAAGGCUAGUGUCGGCUGGUGCUGAAGCUGAGCAUGCUGGGAGUACUGUUCAGUCCCGGGGCCUGUGCUGGGAGGUGACACUCGGGGUAGCUCGGCUGCUACUGUCUGUCAGUUGGACUGUAAAGCGGUAAAGCGCGCUCGUGCGGACCGGAUCGAGGGCAGGACUCAUGUAAUCUUCGAAGGUUUGUGUGUGUCACUUUCUGGAACACAGCAAAAGUUCAGAAUGAAUGAGGAUUCAAUAAGAUCUUCAGAAGCACUUGAGACAUUGACUGAAGUGCCUGAGCACGUACUUAGGGGCCUUCCAGAAGAACUGAGGCUUGCGCCUUCUGCUGUGGAUAACAGGAGACUUGGUGUCUGGGCCAGCAAGCAAGUUCAAAGGGGAAAGAAAUUUGGACCAUUUGUUGGUGAAAAAAAGAAGCGUUCUCAAGUAAAGAACAAUGUGUUUAUGUGGGAGGUAUACUACCCAAACCUUGGAUGGAUGUGUGUCGAUGCUACUGAUCCUCAGAAGGGCAACUGGUUGCGAUAUGUGAACUGGGCUCGCUCUGCAAAGGAGCAGAAUUUGUGCUCUCUAGAAAUCAAUAGAGCUAUAUACUACAAGACUCUAAAGCCAAUUGAGCCAGGGGAAGAGCUCUUAGUGUGGUACAAUGGGGAAGACAACCCAGAUAUAGCAGCUGCUAUUGAGGAAGAGAGAGCUGCCAGCCACCGAAGCAAGAGGAGCUCGCCGAAAUCCAGGAGGGGUAGAAAGAGAACAUUCAAUGUUAAAAAGAAGAUUAACUUAGAAAAUCAAGGAGAGAAGAGUGCUGAUGAUCUCAUUUCUGCCAAAAUGAAGGAUUCUCCAGACAUUCCCAGUCAAGAAGAUAUAAAGCCUCUUGGUUCCCCCAUUCUUUCUCUUGAGCAGACUGCUGUGAUCCAAGAAAUGGUAAACCAGAACGUCCUUCCAGAGCACGUCUCCGUUUCUACUCAGGAGGUUAAUAUUACAGAGGAAGAAAGUGCUGUAACUGAACAGACAGAUAUUGAUGACUUGCACAAAGACAGUUCUGAGUCAGUGACUCAAGAGGAAGAAAGUGGUGAUAUGUUAGAAGAAAUUAGAAGUACAUCUGAUGAAACCCCAGAGGGCUCCCCUAAAAAGAAGCUAACUGCUAAAAUCUCAAAACCUAAAGUUGAUAUCAAUGGGGAAUUAACAGAAUCAUUUCUGUAUCCUUGCCAACAUUGUGAGAGAAAAUUCACAACUAAGCAAGGUCUUGAACGUCAUAUGCAUAUACACGUUUCAUAUGUUAAUCAUGCAUUUAAAUGCAGGUACUGUGGGAAAGCAUUUGGUACUCAGAUUAAUCGUAGAAGACAUGAGCGGCGCCAUGAAGCUGGACUAAAAAGAAAAACUUUGAUUGUAUCAGCAUCAAGUGAAUUUGGUCAAAGUCAAAAGCACAUAAUUGAUUCCCUUAAAACUGAAGUAAAUAACAGUACUAGAAUUUAUUGUAAAACAAAUGAAUCCGAAAGGGAUAUGUCACAGUCUUUUCUUUCAGACGAAAACUGUGAAUCAAGAGAGAUGCAUCCCUGUAAAUACUGUAAGAAAAUAUUUGGAACACAUACAAACAUGCGUCGGCAUCAGCGCAGGGUUCAUGAGCGUCAUCUUAUUCCUAAGGGUGUAAGGCGGAAAGGAAGUCUGCUGGAAGACCCACAGUUAGAAUCUGAGCAGAUGCCACCGGCUGAGAAUAUAUAUGUUGCAAAUACAGAAAUUGAGGAGGAUGGAGAAGCUGAUGAUGUGUACAUUAUGGAUAUCUCAAACAAUAUAUCAGAAAACCUUACUUACUAUAUUGAUGGCAGAAUACAGUCAAACAGCACUAGUAGCAGUUGUGAUGUGAUAGAAGUUGAGACUAACACAACAGAUGUUCUGGGACUUAAUUGUUUAAUUACACCUAUUAAGGUCGAAGUGUCCCAAAAUAUUAAGCAGUUGCAGUCAGUCAGUGUGCCAGAUAAUCCACUUAAUGACUCUACUUGCUGUGGAAAUAACGAACCAAAAAAGAGAAGAACUAUAAGCCCUCCUCUGCUAACAAAAAUAAAGACUGAAGUUGAACUUGAACCAAUAACACCUACUUGUUCUAUUAGUAUCCCACUAAGUGUAUCUGUGAGUGAUAACCUAUCAUUUCCAAAAGAAAAACAUGUCUACCUGUCUUCAAAGCUGAAACAGCUUCUUCAAAUGCAAGAUAGCAAUACGUCUCAGGUUAGUCCCUCAUUGUUGUCUGAGGUUUCAAAAUCAGGGGCAGCCUUGUCAACAGUGUCCAACAGGUUUAAAAGGCGUACAACUUCUCCUCCCAGUUCUCCACAACAUAGUCCAGGCUCUAAAGAAUUUGUGAAACAAAUAGAUGGGAAAACAACAUGGACUGAAGUACUAGGCCCAAAAGUGCCAAAAUGUGAAAGCCUUGACAGCUCUCCUGCCUGGAGUUUAUCUGGCAAAGAGGAGAGAGAUAAUACUAGUCCAUCAUGUUCUGAAGAAUGUAAAUUGUCUAAAGACUGGCUGUCAAAUUCACCAUUUGGUAAUUCUAGCUUCCAGCAACCAUUGGAUUUAUCAAGUGGAGUAAAGCAAAAAUCAGAAAACUGCAGCCAAUCACAAGUUCCUUGGGAAUCUGUACUUGAUCUUAGUUUAAAUAGAAAGGCAGAUAGUGAUUCUGAUUCAAAGGAAUUAAAAGGGAUUAACUUGUGUAUUGGUAUUAAAAAGAAAAAACCCACUGCAUGCAUGCUGAAAAAGGUCCUGUUAAAUGAAUAUGAUGGGAUAGAAAUUACAGGCGAGUAUAUUCAGCAAUCUGAAAACAUUCUGCAUCACUGUAAAUCUGAAGAUCAGAGACUGGUGUUGGAUUUUGGUACUGGUUCAAAUGAAGAAAUAUCUCUUCCCCCUGAUAAUUCUGUACCUCCUCCAGUUGAAAAUACACAUGUUGCUGUUAGUCAGUCACCACCUAUUCUAACUUCAUCAGAGGUGCACCUCCUAAAUCCUAAUCCUCCUGCAUCUUUGACAGAAGUAAGGUCACCACCAUCACUUUUAACUACCACUCUUCCUUCACUCCCAGAUUCUUUAUGCAGUGUCCCUGCAACACCAUCUUGCCCAUCAUCCAUAUCAGCUAGUACACAGUCACCACUGCCUGUUCUUUCACCUACUGCAUCACCUUCCCCACCCCCUUCUCCUGCUGAUGAUCCCUCAGUCUCUGCAUCACCUGGUCCUCCAACCCUCUCAUCUUCAUCUCCCACUUCAUCGUCUUCAUCCUCCUCCUCCUCCUGUUCAUCUCCUCCCCCUUUAUCUGUAGUUUCAUAUGUUGUGUCUCCUUCUGUAAAUUCAGAAACUUCUGCAGUUACAUUUAUUAAACAAGAGAAGACUGAGGAAGAUGUGAUAGAGGGUAAUGAAAAUGAAAAAGACCCAUUGAGUGAAAGUUUUAAUAAAAGUUUCAUCUGUAAUGUAUGUGAAUCACCGUUUGUCUCUAUUAAAGACCUUGCAAGGCAUAUUUUUGUUCAUGCUGAAGACUGGCCCUUCAAAUGUGAAUUUUGUGUACAGCUUUUUAAAGAUGUGCCCAAUCUAUCUGAACACCGUCUUUUGCUACAUGGAGUUGGAAAGAUUUUUGUGUGUUCUUUAUGCAAAAAGGAAUUUGCCUUCCUUUGUAACCUGCAGCAGCAUCAGCAAGAUUUGCAUGCAGAUAAAGAAUACAGCCAUCAAGAAUUGGAAAGUGGAACUCUAAGACCACAAAACUAUACAGAUCCCAGUAAGAUGAAUGCAGUUCACGAGAGGAUGCACAGUGAUCCCAUGACUCCAAAUCCAGACGAUGAUCGGGAUUUAAAUGAUUCAUCUGAAGAACUUUAUACAACCAUAAAAAUUAUGGCGUCAGGUGAAAAAACAAAAGAUCGUGAUAUUCGAAUGGGUCUUAACCAGCACUACCCUAGCUUUAAGCCACCACCUUUUCAAUACCACAAUAAAAAUCCAAUGGGUAUUGGAGCAACUGCAACUAAUUUCACUACUCACAAUAUUCCACAAACAUUUACUACUGCUAUCCGUUGCACUAAAUGUGGAAAGGGUGUUGACAACAUGCCUGAAUUGCACAAACAUAUAUUAGUAUGUGCUUCUGCAAGUGACAAAAAGAGAUACACCCCUAAAAAGAAUCCAAUUCCUUUGAGGCAGACUGGGCAAUCUAAAAAUGGGGUUGUCAUUCUAGAGACCUCUGAUAAAACUGCAUUUUGCAAUAUGGGACAACCUAAAAAGCUUAACUUUACCAUUGAGAUUGGUAAAUUAUCUUCAAACAAGCUUAGACAAAGUGCUUUUAAAAAGAAGAAUCAGCUUGUUCAUAAGGCAAUAUUGCAGAAGAAUAAGACUGCUAAACAAAAGACAGGUGUUAAAGCAAAUAUGGCUACAGAUCCUGAAUCUCACGUUUGCCCAUAUUGUAACAGAAAGUUUACAUAUAUCAGAAGUUUAAAUAAGCAUGCAUCAUUUAGCUGUCCAAAGAAGCCAGCCUCACCUCCUUCAAAAAAGCAUGUUUCUAAGUCAUCAAAAAAAGCACGUUCCACUUUUUCAUCUUCUACCAAGAAACACAAAGUAAGCAGCAUUCGUAGAACGGCAGAUGCAGAGAUCAAAAUGCAAAGCACAGAGACAAAUUUAGGAAAAACUCGAGCAAGGAGCUUAGGACCUACACCAGUUCAAUUACCUUCUAUGCCUAACAAGCCCAAGCAAAGUCUGAAAUAUGCACCUCAGGUUAAUUCCAAAAAACAGAAUGUGAUAAGAAACUCUAGUCCCAUGAGAACUGCAAAACAUCUUGCUCCUUAUGAGGGAAAGAAAGCAAAAAAACCUGUGCUGAAUAAUUUCACAUCAUCAUUUGGCACAGCACCAAAAAAACUGCAUGUCCGAGUCCAGAAAAGUAAACUGCAAAAUAAAUCCAUGGCAAAAAAGAAAAAAACUGACAAGUUUUAUGUUAAAUCAAGGAAAAGAAUUAGUGGACCUAUCACGCGAAGCUCUCAAUUGACUGCAGACCCAGUGAAUAAGAGAGAUGACGUGCUGGGAAAGCCAGAUUCCAGGAGCUUUCCUUAAGUUAUGUAUCCUUGUGUUUUCAUCUGUACUCUUGAGAAUACCUGUUGCAUAUUGAAGCUAAAGCACUACAAGAACAACAAGAAAAUGCAAAUCAUUCUGCACAUGACGAACAACCACCCAACUUUGCAGUCAUUUUUAUCAGAAACGAAAAAAAAAAAA